AUGUUCUCUGUGGCUGUACAAGAGCCAGAGUACAUGGAGACACUUCCCAAUACGCAGGAGAUCAGACUUUCCAUUAUGGAGCUCAUCUGUACAUUCACCAGUCAGUCUCAACUUGUAGCUGCCAGCUAUUCGCUAACUACUAUAAACGCGUUUUAUUUUGAAACUCCUUACCGGAAAAUACUUUUUUUGUCGUCGCGAAACAGUUAUCUGCCACUCGGGGGGAGAGACGGAACAGUUAACUCAUAUACAUGUCUAUGGUUAACCCGAGCCAGUGGUGUGGCGUUGGUAUACCACCAGCUAACAAUGAGUGCAGAAGCUAAAAUAGUUAUUAUAGGAUGUGGGAUAUCCGGGAUAUCAGCGGCACACCGACUCGUCAACGCUGGAUUUCGUCAUGUGCGGAUAGUUGAAGCUACUGCAAGAAGCGGAGGGAGAAUAAAAACUGGCAGACUUGGUGAUAACAUUAUUGAGAUAGGGGCCAACUGGAUCCAUGGACCGUCCGAGGAGAACCCAGUGUUUCGCCUUGCCCGUAAGUACGGGUUGCUGGAUCCAGAGGCCCUCACCCCAGAGAACCAGGCCAUGGACGUGGAAGGACAUCCACCCUGGGUUCCCAAUGCCUUCAGCAGCUCAGGUCGGAAGCUGAAUCCUGAGGAUUUCUAUCCUGCUCAGGAGAUGUUUGUUGAGCUGCUGGAUGCCAGUUCAGAAUUUGAGAGUCAAGGAGGAGAACCCUUGGCCUGUGUGGGAGAUUUUAUACGGUCAGAGGCUCAACGACGAACAGCAGAGAAGUGGAAAGAUAUUGACGCAGCCACCAGAUCUCUGCGACUGUCUGUGAUCAGUAACAUGUUGAAGGUGGAGUGCUGUGUUAAUGGGGCUCACAGCAUGGAUGAGGUGGGCCUGGGGGCUUUUGGCCUCUACAAGACUCUACCUGGACUGGACUGCACAUUUCCAGGCGGCUAUGAAGGUCUCAUCAAAAACUUGAUGUCGGAGCUCCCUGGUGGUUUAGUGAGCUACAAUCAACCAGUUCGCUGUGUCCACUGGAACAACACAGAGAAGAGAGAAAACCCUGUGAUGAUCGAGUGUGAGGACGGCGAGACCAUCGCUGCUGAUCAUGUCAUUGUCACCGUACCUCUUGGAUACCUAAAGAAGCACCAUUCAGCCCUGUUCUGUCCUCCUCUCCCUCUACACAAGCUGCACUCUGUCCAGAGACUCGGUUUUGGAACAAACAAUAAAAUAUAUGUGGAGUUUGAUUCACCGUGGUGGGAUGCUGACUGUGAGGUCAUCUACUUCGUGUGGGAAGACGAGGAUGCCAUGGUGGACCAGGUGCCAGAUGUACAGAGAUCCUGGAUAAAGAAGUUGUUUGGCUUCACCGUGCUCAAGCCCACUGAAAGGUAUGGCCAUGUUCUGUGUGGCUGGAUUGCUGGGCAUGAGUCAGAGUACAUGGAGACACUGUCUGAACAAGAGGUCGCACACACAGUCACACAACUCAUCCGCAGAUUUACAGGAAACCCCACCGUCACCCCCAGGAGAGUCCUGCGCUCCCAGUGGUUUCAUGACCCCUGGACAUGUGGGUCAUACAGUCACCCAGCAACCAGCUGCUCAGCGCAGGACAUAGACAACUUGAUGGAGCCCCUGCCUAUGAAGGGAUCACAGUCACAGCCCCUGCAGGUGUUGUUUGCUGGAGAGGCGACUCAUCCCUGCUACUUCUCCACCGUCCACGGAGGUCUCCUCACUGGGUGGAGAGAAGCUGACAGACUGAUCUCUCACUACUCCUCCAUCAGUCCACCUGAGCUGCCAAAGUCAAAGCUUUAAAAGAACGAGGCUGCUUGGACAAAAAGAGAUUUGUCACAUUUAUGAGUUAAUUCUGCACCUUCUUCAAACUAUGACAGCAGAGUUGAUUUGGAGGAUUGUUUGUGGGAGCUGCUGGUAAUUUAAAUUGUUUACUUGAAAAUUUAUGAUGUACCUGAACCCAUGAAGUGUGAUUUUGCUGACCUAAAUGAUAUUUUAAUUAAACGCAUACAGCUAUAAAUACAAAUUACUGAUCAAAUGUUUUUUUUUAUAUAAAAUGAAGGAAUUCACUUUGAUAUUGCACAUGUUAUUAAACUUUUUACAAAUCAGCGUAAUAAUGCAGUUGCAAGAAUUAAUGAUUUAUAACUUCAUUGUCUUGUUUUAAGAGUGACCUAGCAUGUUGCAUUCAACUCCCCACUUUGAUCAUUUCAGUAUUUUUAUGCAUUAUCAGUUAUCAGAUACUGUUGAUAAAAUGUACAUU